AUGGUGAAUGCAGGAUCAUUGUCUAUACUUCUAUCAAGAAAUCCAAUUGUUACACCGGAACUUACACCAUUUGAAAAAGUUUAUUACAACUAUCAAGAAGAAUUAGAGCGUCGUUUGAUGUGGACAUUUCCUCAAUAUUAUUAUUUUAGAAAAGGUACUCUUUCUGAACGUCGUUUUGUGGCAGCUCAAAAGGGUCCAGUUACAAAACAGCCAGGUGUUUACUAUUCUAAAGGUAUUCCAGAUGUUGCUCACAACAGAGAAAGAAGAUUAAAACAGGUUGUUACUAUUCCAAAACAAGAAACUUCAGAAGAUAGUAAUUUAGAUGAAAUCUCUAGACCAGUUGUUCCAAACCCAAGAAUCACUGAAGCAGAUAAAGCUAAGGAUUUGAAAAGUUUAGAACGUAAAAUACCAAGAACACUAUAUUUGUUGACCAAAGAUUCAAAUGGCUGGAGAUUACCAUCAUUUGCAACUCCACCAGAAACUCCAUUGCACAUAUCAGCAGAAGCAGGUCUAAGAAAACUUGGGGGUGAAGCAAUAAAUACAUGGACCGUUUCAAAUACACCUGCUGCUGUCUUAAAAUUCAGGGGUGCUGAAUUGGCAAGCAGUGAAGAUCCUUCAAAAGAUUUAACUAGAGAAUACAUUAUCAAAUCACAUAUAUUAUCUGGUCUAUUCAAUCCGGAAGCUGUUGAAUAUGAAUGGUUGGUGAAGGAAGAAAUCAAAGAAAAAGUUUCACCAGCUUAUUACGAAGCUACUGAAUUUUUAUUUUCUGAUAUUUAA